GUCACAACUUUAUGAACAUUUGUUUUCUAUUCUAUUAAUUAUCAGAAAGCCAUUAGUAUAGCAACCUUAUUUGAGCGAUAGCUGCCUGCAGUAAAAAGGUAUCUACAAUCAGUUUAUCUUUCCCUUGCGACAUAAAGAUGCAUUAAAAGCAAUUAUUGGUAUGGGAUUAGUAUGCAUAAGCUAGACAAAUCAACAAAACACUUUAUGAUAUUACAGUAAUUAAUAAUUUACCCAUCAAAAGUUAGUGCAUGCCGUAAAUAUUCAAAAUAUAUUGAAAUGUCUGCAACAUUUGUCUCUACAGAACUGUCGCAAAUUCUUCGUCGCGAUGACAUUUUUCUUCGGAAUUAUGGGAAGUUCAAUGAAAAAGAACGCUCACUUCAUGUACAAACAGUUGUAUGGUUAUACAUACACAUUCUCCUUUUUUGGCUCUUUAAAAUUGUAAACAAACUUCUGUGCAUAUAUCAUAGUUCUUAGCAGUCCAAAUACAUCGACAGUAAUUUAAUUCCUGAACUGUAACAGAGUUUUUAUUUGGAGCAUUUUUGAGGAGGUGAAAGACACUUGAAUUUUACUGGAAUUAACGACGGAAAGCAUGUGUUAUGACUAGAUAUUAGAAAGGUCACUGCUUGAACAACCAGCACCUCCAUAAUGCUCUAAAAUGCAUUUUAACCUGAAUAUCUGACACUGCUGGAGAUUGUGCAUUAACUGCUUUUAUGUAAAACUAUUCAUAAUAUAACAUGAUCAGUCUAUAGUUUACUUUAUAUAACAUAACAUAAUAUGACAUAAAUGUAUGUUAAUGUAUUUUUUAAGCUAAAGAAUUAUUAUUUCAUGCUUUUCCGUCCUUUACUGAAAUUUAACGGUGGAUUAUAUUCAUAAAUUCCACUGUUUAUAUAACGUUGCACGAUGCAAGUAAAGUUGUGCUGGUGAAACUGGUAAAAUAUUACGUUUGAUGUUAAUGUUUACGUCGAUCACACACUGAAACAAACAAAUAUCCUUUGUUUCUUACUUGAUUAUGGGAUCCAAGCAAAGAGUAAAGGGCCUUUUCCUAAUUAUAUGGUGACGGCAAGCGGAAUAUUUCAAUCUCAUUUCAUUCAACUCUUCUAUGAAAUUCAGUAUUAUUACUUUUUAUAUGGCAUUUUUAAAUGAAAUUCAUAUGAAGUGAAAUUCACAAUAAGUUUUUAUUAGUACAUAUAACAUAUAUAACAGUAAGAUUUUGAUUACAUAUUUUUAUGUUGAUUUUGUUUUUCAUUUGAUGAUUUAGUAGACGUGCAUUUAAACUCAUUCAUUAUCGAUGUUUGUUUUUGUUGAUGAUGUUAACUGCAUAAUAAUUUACUCGGAACUUGAAUCGAUCAUGCAAUUCUGCAUUAUUAAUCAGUGCUUAUUAAUGAAAACAUAGCAGCAUCAGUGAUUAUCCCUGUUCAUGUAGGGGAUAAACUAUAUUUUGUCAUGAUACUGGUUAGAUAUAUAUAGAAUCUAUUUGUGAGAGUAAAGGAAUGACACAUUUAGGAAAAUGAAAACACUUUUUCUCAUUUUGAUUUUGGAUGCAACGGUUGUCCAAGGGAAUGUCAAUAAGACAGACGUUUAUAAGAUAAUAUUCAAGGACUACAAAAAAGAAACUAUUCCGAAAAAAGAUGGUACAGGAGCAAUUACUGUGAAUUUGAAUUUGGUUCUUUAUUCAAUCCAUAACGUCGAUGAAAAGUAUCAGACAAUUUCGGUUCGAGCAGUUUUAGAUAUUCAGUGGAAAGACGAAUUUCUGACAUGGAAUCCAGAUCAUUACGGCGAUGUUAAAUCCAUCACAGUUCCGAGUGAAAAAAUAUGGAUUCCCGACAUUGUUCUACAGGAUACAGUUGGAUAUAUAAGCGAUUCCAUUAAAAAAGAUGGCAGAGCAAUGAUUAAUCAUAACGGACGAGUAACAAUUUGGCCAAAUGACUUAUAUACAGUUGCAUGUAAAUUAUCAAUUAAGAAAUUUCCAUUUGAUAAACAAACCUGCCUACUUGAUUUUCUCUCAUGGACAAGUCCGUCCUCAGUUAUCCAACUCGUAAACUCAGACACAAACUGGAUUCCACAAGAUCAUGAUAUCUUGGAAAAGGGAGAAUGGCAUCUGCAAAACGUACGAAUUAUAAACGAAAGUAAAUCAUUCGAUAGAGGGAACUGGGCUCACGUAAUAUUCGUAUUGGACAUUCAAAGAAAAUCGCUUUUUCACAUAGUAAACAGCCUCAUACCUGUUAUUUUGAUAUCCAUAUUGGAUGUUAUGUGCUUUGUUUUACCUUCCGAAUCAGGCGAAAGGGUGGGACUGUCUAUAUCUAUUUUCCUGACGUUGACUAUUUUUCUUUCUGCCGUGAAUAGCACUUUACCAGAAUCAUCAGAUGAAGUUGCGAUUUUUACAAUUUUCAUUGGAUUUCAAAUUCUAGGAAGUGCCCUGUCGGUGGUAAUGACCAAUGUUUCGUUGUACUUCUACUUUAAAAACAUACAGGAUCCGAUUCCGUUUUUGUUAUGGCGUUUUGCAAAAGUCUGUUGUAUGAAGAAGAACACAACCGAAAACACGAAAGUCACGUGGCAGAUGGUUUCACGAGCUUUGGACAGACUUUGUCUAGUGUCAGCUAUUAUUUGGCACCCGCUUCUAAUUGGGAGUCUUUUCAUUGCAGCUUAUCAGUAAGCACGACUGAUACAAAAAUGGAUCAUUUAAAAGUAAUCAGCAAUACUGAUUUUGUUUGAUAUAGGAUAUUUAGCUUUGUAUAUUGAAUUAUCAGUAUGCAUGUCUGUUAAAAUACAUAUCAAUAAAUGUGGAUUUGGACU